AUGGCUGACCGAUUCCCGUCCCUUGAGGAGUUUGACUCCGGCGCACAAACAGAAGCUCAAGGCAGCUCCGGCUUUGAGGGAGACGAUUUCCUAAGUCGCGAGAAGGCCCUCCUGGGAGACGAUGCGGAUCAGUUUGCUUCGGGCAACGACAAUGCGGCGUACGUGGAGGAUGGAGGCGACGACGACUUGCUCGGCGGUGGUGGCUACAGCGGAGGAGGCAACGAGCAGGUCACGGAUUUCGAGAGCUCGUUCCCCGCAAUCGACACAUCCAACAACGACGUAGCACCAGGUGGCAGCAUCACGCACACAACCCCCUUCCAAUCCUCCUAUUCGGCCCCGCACGCCGCCGAUGAGGAGGAGCCCGAGGUCCUCAAGCAGUGGCGCGAGCGUCGGGACCUGGCUCUGCAGGAGCGCGAGGCCCGCUCCGCCGAGCGCAAGGAGGAGACGGUCAAGGCCGCGCAGCAGAACAUUGAUGACUUCUAUGAGAACUACAACGCCAAGAAGGAGAAGAGCAUCGCUGCGACCCGUCGGGAUGCCGAGCAGUUCCUCGAGAGCAGAGAGGACACGGCGGCCGGAGGUACGAGCUGGGAGCGCAUUGCGAAGCUGGUCGAUUUGAGCGGCAAGGGCACCAAGGGCGGGGCGAGCGGGAGCGAGAAGGCGAAGUUCCGGGAUCUGUUGUUGGCGCUGAAGAAGGACGAGAAGGCACCGGGUGCGACGGGUGUUUAA